AGUGAUGAACGUCCAAGAGCAACGGCGGCUGGCCAUACAAACCCUAUCCCUGCGCACCCUUUCUUCCUGAGCCAAACAAUCAGAAACCCCUAUCCUCUCAGUGCCCUUGGUUCAUCAUCACUGCCCAUCACUACUGCCUGGCCAUCCUGCACGCUAAGAGAGAAGGGAAGAAGAAGAAGAUCCAACUAGCACUCGCAUUCGCGUUGCUGGUGCAACACACGAUGGCUCUCAGGCUGUGGGCUAGCUCAGCAGCCAAUGCGCUCAAGCUCUCCGGAGCCAGGGCUGCCGCUCCGUCCUACUCCAUCUCCAGAUUCUUCUCUACAGUUCAUGAUGGGUUGUCGUACACUACGUCUCAUGAGUGGCUCAAGGACCAUGGGGACGGCGUCGUCUCGGUUGGCAUCACGGACCAUGCUCAGAGCCACCUUGGCGAGGUGGUGUUCGUGGAGCUGCCGGAAGCCGGCGCGACGGUCGCCGCGGGAGGAUCCUUCGGCAACGUGGAGAGUGUGAAGGCCACCAGCGACGUCAACUCCCCGGUCUCCGGCGAGGUCGUCGAGGUCAACUCCAAGCUGUCGGAGACGCCCGGCCUGAUCAACUCAAGCCCGUACGAGGAGGGGUGGAUGAUCAAGGUGAAGCCCAGCAGCCCGGCGGAGGGCCUGCUGGACGCCGCCAAGUACACCAAGCACUGCGAGGAGGAAGACGCUCACUAGAGCCAGCAGAUGGAUCAUGCACGCACGCACAUGCUGCGCUUGCUGCUUACGAUCCAACGUAGUGUGUUCCAUUGGUUGUUUCAGUCAUUUUUUGCUUUAUUAUUUCUUGCCAAAACGCCGCCAACCUCUAUGCAAUAACCAAAUUAAGGCACUCGAUCACCUUUAUCGUGUGCCAUGCCUUCUUUCGUUUCUCUUUCA